GCCGGCCGGCCGGGCAGCGCUCCCCCGUCCUUCCCGGCUCCCCCCUGCAGCGGAGCGAGGAAGGGGCGAAGGGAGGGAGCCGAGGCGAGCCAUGUGGGCUGGGCUGCUCCUGCGAGCCGCCGCCGCCUGCCUCGCGCUCUCCCUGCCCGCCGGCGUCUCCGCCCGGGGCUACACGGGGGGCAGGAAGAAGCCCGUUCCCUUCGCGGCCGAGAGACGCCGCCUGGGACCCCAUGUUUGCCUCUCGGGGUUUGGAAGUGGAUGCUGCCCUGGCUGGCUGCCCUCCCUGGGCAGUGGACAGUGCACCCUCCCUUUAUGCUCCUUUGGUUGUGGCAGCGGCUACUGCAUUGCUCCUAAUGUCUGCUCCUGCCGGGAUGGAGAGCAAGGCAUCACCUGUCCAGAAGCCCCUGGACCGUGUGGUGAAUAUGGCUGUGACUUGGCCUGUAACCAUGGCGGUUGUCAGGAGGUGGCCCGUGUCUGCCCUGUGGGGUUCUCCAUGAUAGAGACAGCCAUCGGCAUCAAAUGUACAGACAUCGAUGAAUGCUUGAGCUCCUCCUGCGAGGGCCUCUGUGUGAACACAGAAGGAGGGUUUGUGUGUGAGUGUGGCCCAGGUAUGCGGCUCUCCGCUGACCGACACAGCUGCCAGGACACUGACGAGUGCUUGGGGGUCCCUUGUCAGCAGAGCUGUAAGAACAGCAUCGGCAGCUAUAGGUGCUCCUGCCGAACAGGCUUCUACCUCCAUGGUAACCGUCACUCCUGUGUAGAUGUAAACGAAUGUCGACGACCCCCAGAGAGGCGCGUCUGCCAUCACUCCUGUCACAAUACUGUGGGGAGCUUCCGAUGCGCCUGCCGGGCGGGCUUCCGCCUCAGUGCAGACAGGGCGUCCUGUGAGGCAUUUCCGAAGGCCGUGCUUGCCCCCUCUGCCAUCCUCCAGUCCCUGCAGCACCCCCCAAAGAUGCUGUUACUCUUUCCAGAGUCUGGCCCUCCUGCCCUGCCUCCCGGCCAUGGGCCUCCCUCCCGGGCCCCUGGCCCCCCACCAGUAAUAAAAACCACUCCUGUCCUGACUCUGACCUUGGCACCACCCACCUUCUCCACCUCCGCCCGGUCCCCGGUGGCCUCAGCUCCAGUGGCCACCCCGUCUCCCAAUUCCUCCUCCCAGGGAAGAAUGGUGAAACCAUCUAUACUGUCAGGUCUGCUGCCCCCCUCGCUCUUGCACGGGGAGGCAGUGAGGACCCCUUCCCCUCCCAGAGGCCCCUCCACCUCUCGGCCAGCACCAGUGCCUUCUCCUUGCUGGCACCAAGGAGCCACCCGUGAGCAUGGGAGCCAGUGGACCGAGCCUGGCUGCUUGCACUGUGGGUGCCAGGACGGUGAGGUGGCCUGUGACAAAGUGAGGUGUAAAGCCGUCUGUUCUCACCCGCUGCCCUCCCGAGAUGCUGGCUGCUGUCCCGAUUGUUCAGGUUGUUUUUAUGACGGCUUGCCCAGAGCUGAGGGGGACGUGUUCUCCCCUCCUGAUGAGAACUGCACGGUCUGCGUCUGUCUCGCCGGGAACGUGUCAUGUAUCGCCCCCGAGUGUCCUCCUGGUCCUUGCCUGACCCCUCCACAGUCUGACUGCUGUCCCUGCAUGCCAGUGAGAUGCUAUUUUCAUGGCCGAUUCUACCCAGAGGGGGCUGAGUUCAGCGGGGAUGGGGACGAAUGUACCACCUGUGUCUGCCAGAAUGGGGAAGUUCACUGCUCCUUCACACCUUGCCCGGAGCUGAACUGUCCAAGAGAGGAGUGGCAGUUGGGGCCAGGCCAGUGCUGCUUUACCUGCCGAGAGCCCACACCAGUGUCAGGCUGCUCUCUGGAUGACAAUGGAAUUGAAUUUCCCAUUGGACAGAUCUGGUCCCCUGGUGAUCCCUGUGAGUUAUGCGUUUGCCAGGCAGAUGGUUCUGUGAGCUGUGAGAGGACUGACUGCGUGGAGACCUGUCCUCACCCUAUUCGGAUCCCAGGGCAGUGUUGCCCGGACUGCUCGGCAGGCUGCACCUACACGGGAAGAAUAUUCUACAAUAACGAAACCUUUCCUUCUGUGCUGGACCCUUGUCUGAGCUGCAUCUGUUUGUUGGGCUCCGUGGCCUGCUCUCCCGUGGACUGCCUCAUUUCCUGUACUUAUCCAUUCCACCCCGAGGGGGAAUGCUGCCCCAUCUGCCAUGAUUGUAACUACGAAGGGAGGAAGGUGGGCAACGGGCAGGUGUUCUUGUUGGAGAAUGAGCCCUGUACUCGCUGCAUCUGCCAGCUUGGGGAAGUGCACUGUGAGAAGGUCACCUGCCAGCCAGCCUGCACUGACCCGGGUCCAGCUUCAAGGGACUGCUGCUCCUCCUGCCAAGGGGUCUUGCUUCCUGUGGAAGGGAUGCCUGAGCUCUCCCCACCUAAAGCUGCCAGGAGCUCCGGAGAAGCAGUCAUGACCCCCCAAAACUGCAGCAUCUGCCCUGGGGUCCCCCAGGCUGGCACUCGGAGUCAGAAACCUCAGCAGCUGCAGGUUCUGUUGAGAAGGAAUGUGUCUGUGGAGACUUCGCACGUGGAGCCCACGGGGCGGCAGAGGGCUUUUCUGGCCCCUUGUUCCUCACCAGGAGCCUCGUGCCUCGAUCGAUUUAUACCCGGAGCCUCUCAUCUACCUCCUACCUCCCCAGAGGUUCCUCCAUCUCUGCCGGUUAUGGCAGCGACUUCCCUCCCACCCUCUAGGGUUCUGGGAACCCUCCACGCCCAUUCGGCAUCUGAGGGGCUUUCAUUGCCCAUCAUCAAAAUAACAAGGUCUUCCGGGCCUGUUGAGGGCAGGCAGGACCCUUCAGAACCGCCCACAGUCAGAUCAGUGCCUCCUGGGACCUCUCCCAACAUCGCUAGACUCUCUUCCUCCCCUACGGUUUCUCCCAGCUCUCCCUGGCAGAAGCCUACAGAGAAUCCCUCCCGUGAAGGAGAGCAGAGUGUAUAAUGGGAACUUGGUUGGAGGGCUGUGCCAGGAAGCCUGUGGGAGGGAAUGGGGAGAGAGAAGCAGGGUGGGGAGAAAGGGAGAGGGAGGGAGAGGGAGAGAGAGAAUGAGAGAG